AUGUCUCAACCUGGGGCCGAGCAGAGAAAGGCAGCAUCUGCUGCUGUCCAGCAGAGUGACAACAUUGCGCAUGCGCUGGCGGGUGCCGGAGGAGGUGUCCUAUCGAUGGUCUUGACAUACCCUUUGAUUACCUUGUCGACCAGAGCCCAAGUCGAAUCGAAGCGUGCACACUCGACCACUCUCGAUGCCGUACGCCGCAUUGUGCAGAGAGAAGGGAUCGCGGGACUUUACUCCGGCCUGGAAUCUGCGCUAUUCGGAAUUAGUGUCACCAACUUCGUGUAUUACUACUGGUAUGAAUUUACACGCUCGGCCUUCGAGAAGGCGGCCGUCAAGGCAGGUCGAGCUUCAAAGAAGCUCACGACCGUCGAAUCUAUGAUUGCAGGCGCUAUUGCAGGGAGCGCAACGGUGCUGCUCACUAAUCCGAUCUGGGUUGUCAACACUCGCAUGACUGCCCGCAAGUCUGAGGCAGAGGAAUCUUUGCCUGGUGCCAAGAAACCAAAGGCAUCGACUCUCAGCACUCUCAUGGAUCUGCUCCGUCAAGAGGGCCCCAAGGCUCUCUUCGCCGGCGUUCUCCCUGCCUUGGUCCUGGUGAUCAACCCCAUCUUGCAAUACACUAUUUUCGAGCAAUUGAAGAAUAUAGUGGAGCGUCGCCGACGGAUGACGCCGAAAGAUGCAUUUUACCUGGGUGCGCUAGGCAAGAUCAUGGCCACUAGCAUCACCUAUCCUUAUAUCACCAUCAAGAGCCGUGCACACGUUGCCAGCCGGGAUGGUCCUAAGGAGAGCUUGAAUGGAAGCCUGAAGAGGAUCAUUCGGGAGGAGGGCUGGAAGGGACUCUACAAGGGCAUUGGACCGAAGGUCACCCAGAGCGCCAUCACUGCUGCCUUCCUCUUUGCAUUCAAGGAUGUGCUAUAUGAUAUGAUGGUAGCUGCCCGCAGAAAGGGCCGCAUCGCUAAAUAG